AUGGACUCGUUCGACUUCUCCAGAGGCGCCAACGACUCGCCCCAGGAAUCGUUUUUUGCCAUGCUCCACCAGUACUUGCUCCAGUCGGGCUGCAGCCAGAGUGCUUCCAUGCUUGUCGAGGAAGCAAAGGUGCAGUUGAACAGCGGUGACGGAGCCUUCAACGAUGCAUACUUGUACGAAUGGUGGUGUCUACUAUGGACCAUUCACAACUCGUCAAAGAACCCACACGCUGCCACGAUGCCUCCGCCGCCAAUGCCGCCCAACCGCUUUGACCCUAGACAGUUCCAGGACCAGCAACUUCCUCAACAACAGCCUCAACAACUCCAGCAACAACAACAACAGUUUGGGCAGCCUCAGAUGCCCCAACAACAGCAGCAGCAACCGCCGCCACCACCACAACAACAACAACCACAACCAGUCCAGGCGCCUCCUCAAAGCCAACCUACGAAAAAACAGACGAAAAAAGCAGCAGCCGCCGAACGUACGCCGAAAACAACUUCCAAAGCUGCUUCCUCCGCUACUACUCCUGCAGCCCCAUCUGCUGGCUCUCAAGCUGGUCUGGAGAGUCUGGCCAUCAUGGUUCCCGGUCAGGUACCGCUUACUGUAGGUAAGGGGCAGCCGCCAGCCAAACGCCAAAAUUCUGCUAAUGUAUCGAUGCAACGGCCUCAACUACAACCGCAGCAGCGUGCUGCUGUGUCACAGCAGCAAAUGGGACGCCGUGCUCUGGGUCCUGGCCAAAGAAAACAGAAGAGUGCUGCUGCUGCUGCUGCUCCCAUGAAUAAUCAGCAAAACCAUAUGAGCAUGGGUAAUGUGCCUAUGGGCCAACACAACGAGCCACCUGGCCAGAACCAGAACUUUGCCAUGUCUCAGAUGAACGUUCCUUCGUCAGCGCCGCAUUCAGCUACCAGUUCGGGUCCCAACUCAGAUCCAAACCUGAAGCCUAAUUCAGAACCCAACCUGACUAACUUUGCCCUGCAACCACAGCCAAUGCUUCCAACAGGCAUGAACAACGGCGAUUCAGGACAUCUUUCCAACGGUCAGCCCGACGGGCUCAACAUGGACAAUGACUUUGGCAUGAACUUCUUGGGAGCCGACCUUAACAUGGACUUAAACGGGUUCGACAUGACCAGUAUGCUCAAGUAA